GUCAUUAUUAAUUUGGUGGAUCAGACGGGCAGAGAGAAGAUUAUUGGAGAUGCUUACCUUAAACAAGUUCUUCUGUACAACAAUGCACAUCUGACUUACGUCUCAUUUGACUUCCAUGAGCACUGCCGAGGAAUGAAGUUUGAAAAUGUUCAAACACUGACUGAUGCCAUUCAUGAUAUCAUUCUUGACAUGAAGUGGUGCUGGGUCGACCAAGCUGGUGUGAUUUGUAAACAAGAAGGCAUUUUUCGUGUUAACUGCAUGGACUGCCUGGAUCGUACCAAUGUCGUGCAGGCUGCUAUUGCAAGAGUGGUCAUGGAACAGCAGCUCAAAAAACUGGGUGUGAUGCCACCAGAACAGCCUCUGCCAGUGAAAUGCAAUAGGAUCUACCAGAUAAUAUGGGCCAACAAUGGAGAUGCCAUAAGCCGGCAGUACGCUGGCACAGCGGCCUUAAAGGGCGACUUCACACGGACUGGUGAAAGAAAGCUGGCGGGGGUGAUGAAGGACGGAGUUAAUUCUGCAAACAGAUACUACUUGAAUCGUUUCAGGGAUGCUUACAGGCAAGCAGUCAUAGACUUGAUGCAGGGAAUCCCCGUAACAGAGGAUCUCUACUCCAUAUUUACAAAAGAGAAAGAGCAUGAAGCCCUGCACAAGGAGAAUCUGAGAAGCCACCAGGAAUUGAUCAGCCAGCUGCUGCAGAGCUACAUGAAACUGCUCUUACCAGAUGAUGAAAAAUUCCAUGGAGGAUGGGCACUUAUUGACUGUGAUCCAAGUCUCAUUGAUGCUACUCAUAAGGACGUGGAUGUUCUGCUGUUACUUUCUAAUUCUGCCUACUACGUGGCCUAUUACGACGACGAGAUCGACAAGGUGAAUCAGUACCAAAGGUUAAGUCUUGAAGCUCUGGAAAAAAUAGAGAUAGGGCCUGAGCCGACUCUCUUUGGCAAACCCAAGUUCUCCUGCAUGAGGCUGCAUUACAGAUACAGAGAAACGAGUGGCUAUUUUCACACGCUCAGAGCUGUGGUACGCAACCCUGAAGAAGAUGGGAAAGACACUCUUCAGUGCAUUGCCGAAAUGCUGAGAAUCACAAAGCAAGCAAUGGGAUUAGAUGUGCCCAUCAUUGAGAAAAAGCUGGAGAGGAAGAGCAGUAAACCUCACGAAGACAUCAUUGGCAUUCGGUCGCAGAACAGAGGGUCCCUGGCCCAAGGCAAGAAUUAUUUACUGAGCAAGUUCUCGUCUCUCAAUCAGAAAGUGAAACAAACCAAAUCCAACGUGAACAUCAGCAAUCUUCGGAAGCUGGGCAGCUUCACCAGACCUGAAGUGAAAGUCAAUUUUUUAAAACCAAAUUUGAAAGUGAAUCUUUGGAAAUCAGACAGCAGCCUUGAAACUUUAGAGAAUCCAGCGGUGGAUACUAAAGCCCAUACUGAGUCCGAUACAGAAGCAUCAGAUAAUGAUUCCUUCCACUCGGAUGACUUCCUGGCUAAUUCUAAAUCCGAUGAGGACAACCAGCUAACUGAUUCCCUAGAGAACAUAGGGCAGACAGACUACGUGCUGCCUAGCUGCGGUAUCAUCGCCUCAGCUCCGCGGCUGGGCAGUCGGUCCCAGUCCAUAAGCAGCACUGACAUGAACAUUAGCAUUCAUGUUCCAUCCGAGCUCCACGUCGCCCAGGCUGGCCGGUCUGACUGUGAAGAUGUAGCCAUGCCUUCUGCUGACAACAUGGAGAUGGAAUUUGCUAAACCCAUUGAUGUGUAUUUCGACGCUCAGAGUAAGACAUCGGAUGUUUUGGAGGCUGAGGCUGGUUCUCAAGAGCCCCAUCUCAUCAAAAAUCAAACCAGCAAUAAUACAACUACGAAGGCAGAAGCCAAGGCUGAAGCUAUCAGAGACAUUCCUUCCAGGCCAUCUAAGUUGGACGUACAGUCUUCUGAGCCCAGCCCUCAGCUCCUGGCUGUUGGCGGGGCUGACUGCAGCAAGUCUCAUAAAAGCCCCGGCUCUGUAUCUGGUAACCUCGAGACGGGACUCCACGCGACUCCUUCCCCAGCUGACGGCAGCAGCAGCAGAGCUGUAUCUCCUUUUGCUAAAAUUCGCAGCUCCAUGGUCCAGGUCGCCAACAUCACGCAAGCAGGAUUGACUCAAGGGAUUAAUUUUGCUGUGGCAAAGGUCCAGAAGAGCCCUGCGGAACCAGAAGCUAUAAACGAAGUCAAACAGAAAGAACUGCAGGAAAUGUUCACGCAAUGCCAGACACGAAUAAUUCAGAUCUAG